GCGGCGCCGCUCGGGGCGGUCCGUGCAGGAGGAAGCGCAGCCGGGGCAGAGUGGCCCCGCAGCGGCCGGAGCCGCGCGCUGGGGGUGGGCAGUGCCAGACAGGCCACGUGUCUCACAAGGGGCAGGGAGAUGGAUCGGGGAGUCACCGUGGAGAACCCCUACGCCAGUGUCAACAUCCCACGGGAGCAGUUCCAGCAAAGCUUCAUCACUCGCUACCUGAGAGACGAGCCCACGAUCAUUGCCAACCCUGCAGCCGUGCCCUCCUACGGCACAGAGGGGCAGACAGAGCUUGCUAAUGGCUGGAACAGCCCAACCGUCUCCACAGACAAGUCCUGGUCCCGUCCCUACAACCCCUACGCCAGCCUGAGGAUGCCCAAUGGGGACUCAUCUGCCUCCUUCUACACUGUGACCCUGGACAAGGCACCCAAGGGCCAGGAGCAGGGGGCUGGCAGGCGAUGUGGCUGCUGCAGGUGCUGCCCCUGCUGCCCAAAGUGCUGCUGUGUCAUCUCCUAAGGGCCCUUCCUGCAUACACGGGAUGUGUGACCACGGGAUGGGGCCAGGUGACCCCACAGGGACAUGGCUGUUGGCCUGGGCACCUCCGGCAUAGCUGGCUCUGGCUGGACUGACGUUGCUUUUUCCCUGUGAACUCUGCAGCUGGAUGUGCUGGUGAUGGGCACCUGCCAGGUGGGCCAUGGGGCCUGGGAGCCCUGAGGACGAUGUGUGCCAGGACAGGUGUCCCCAAGAAGUGACUGCACUGGAGGUGGGGCAACACUGAGCCUGCGAUCCUGCACAGAGCCCCUACCAGCAUCCCUGUGCUGGGAAACCUCCACCCUGGGAAGGGGUGGGCAGUGCCCACCUGCUUAUGGCUAGGUUUGGGUGCUGGCAGCCCUGUGUGUGUGGCAGAGGAGGACAUCAUCAUCACUGUCUUGGAGCAGUGCAGAGGAGCCAGGGACAAGCCUCCAGCUGGCACAGGGACCCACCUGCCCAGAAGAGAGUCAUCCCCGCUCCCACAGCAUCACGGCUACGCUGUUGGCACCCUGCACCAAACUCCAUCUGGAUCCUGCUCCUCCUCACCACACUGCCCAUGGAGUGGAGGGAUGGAAUCAGGAAAGUCAGCCAAAGCAUGGCAGAGUGCUGGGCCGUGCUCCAGGACAGCACCUGAUGGCACAGCAUGGUUGUGGGCAUUAACAUCCCGGUGCCAGGAAACCUCCAGCCCCAUUCUGUUCCUCCUGCCAGGCUUGGGGGGUGCUGGGCACGGCCUCUUGUCCCAUCUGCAUCCAGAGACAGGUCCAGUGCAGAGGGCUGGCCCAGCUCCAGCAGCAGGGCAGCACCUGGGCACCUUGCUGGGGACGCAGAGGCCCAGCAUCGGCCUUUUGCAGCUCCCUGGGCUUGGAGGAAGGUGGGAGGAGCCGGCUGGCUCUUCCCCGUGUGCUGGAGCUCCUCCAGGCUGGGCUUUCGGCUGGGGCUGCUGCCAUCGACCUGGAACAAGCCUGCUGUUGUGCUGAUGUCCUGCCGUGCUGCUGACGUCCCUCCGGGGUGCUGGCAGCCCUCCCUGGUGCUGCUGUCCCAGGACAGCUGCUCUGCCAGGCGGCAGCUGCUCCGUGGCCGCUGCAGAACUGCCUGCUCUGCGGGACCAGGGCUUGGGAGGAGUGCCUGUGUUUGCAGAUGACUUCAGGUUGCUGCAAAUAAAAUUACAGCCCUCUCCCGC